CUGUCCAUCUCCCACUCCCCCGAGAAGGAGAGCGGCAGAACCCCUAAAACCCCUCCUUUCUAUCAUUACCGCCAUUUCACUCUACUUGAAAAGCUUCCCAGCCAUCAAAAGCGCCACUCCUUCUCGAUCCGCUCUUCAGCCGGCGCAGAAUCUCUACCUCCCUCUCUCAGACAUUCACCAUCUCCAAUCUCUCCAUCCUCGGGGAAAAUCACCUCCCAGAAACCCUAGCUUCCAACUGCCAUGAUCUGUGCAAUAUCCGGCGAAGCUCCGGAAGAGCCGGUGGUUUCGAAGAAAUCAGGGCUUCUGUUCGAGAAGCGAUUGAUUGAGCGGCAUGUAACGGAUUAUGGGAAGUGUCCUGUUACUGGUGAGCCACAUACAAUGGAUGAUAUUGUAUCAGUGAAGACUAAUAAGGCUGUCAAACCGAGGCCAUUACAGGCUGCAAGCAUCCCCGGUUUACUUGGAAUGUUCCAGAAUGAAUGGGAUGCACUGAUGUUAUCAAAUUUUGCACUGGAGCAGCAAUUAAAUACAGCAAGGCAAGAGCUAAGUCAUGCUUUGUACCAGCAUGAUGCUGCUUGCCGCGUUAUAGCAAGACUAAAAAAGGAAAGGGAUGAAGCAAGGACAUUAUUAGCUCAGGCAGAAAGACAGAUUCCUUUGUCAGCGUCAUCUGCAGCAGCAGCAGCAGCAAAUGCUAUGGUUGUUAGCAACGGAAAAAGAGCUGCCGAGGAUGAGGAUUUGGGCCCUGGUGGGAAGAGAAUCCGUCCUGGUAUCUCAGCUGAAAUCAUUGCAGAACUCACGGAUUGCAAUGCUAUACUUUCGGGACAGCGUAAGAAACGACAGAUCCCACCAACUUUGGCACCUGUUGAUGCCUUGGAGAGGUACACUCAGCUCUCCAGUCACCCCCUGCACAAAACUAGCAAGCCGGGCAUUUUAUCUGCUGACAUCCAUCCUUCAAAGGAUGUGAUUGCGACCGGAGGGGUUGACACAAAUGCCGUUGUUUUCGACCGAACAUCCGGGCAGAUCUUAUGUACACUCAGUGGUCACUCCAAGAAGGUUACCAGUGUCAAGUUUGUAGCUCGGGAUGAGCUGUUCGUAACGGGCUCAGGAGAUAAGACAGUUCGUUUGUGGCAAGGGUCUGAAAAUGGGAACUAUAAUUGUUUACACGUGCUUAAGGAUCAUACUGCAGAGGUGCAAGCAGUCUCUAUCCAUGCGACCAAUAACUACUUUGUAACUGCUGCUUUAGAUAAUACAUGGUGCUUCUAUGAUCUAUCUUCUGGAUUAUGCCUCACUCAGGUUGGUGAACCUUCAGGUGAAGAGGGCUAUACAUCAGCUGCUUUUCAUCCUGAUGGUCUCAUCCUUGGAACUGGCACUUCAGAAGCACUUGUUAGAAUUUGGGAUGUCAAAACUCAGUCAAAUGUUGCAAAGUUUGAUGGGCAUGAAGGGCCAGUAACUGCCAUCUCUUUCUCAGAAAAUGGAUACUUCCUUGCGACUGCAGCUCGUGAUGGUGUUAAACUGUGGGAUCUUCGCAAGUUGAGGAACUUCCGAUCCUUUGCUCCCUAUGAUUCAAGUACACCAACAAAUGCUGUGGAGUUCGACCAUAGUGGAAGUUACCUUGCAAUUGCAGGUUCUGAUAUCAGGCUUUACCAAGUAGCCAAUGUUAAGAUGGAAUGGAAUUUGAUCAAGACAUUCCCAGAUUUAUCAGGAACAGGAAAAGCUACUUGUGUGAAAUUCGGUCCAGAUGCAAAAUACAUGGCAGUAGGUUCAAUGGAUCGGAACCUUCGCAUAUUUGGCUUACCAGGAGGUGGAUCAGAAGAAUCUUAGAGCAUCAUCAACUCCUCUCGGAUUCUGCAGUGGCAGCACGUCUUUUUGGGGGUAAAAAGUGACGACAAGACUGAGAGCCUUUGUUUCGUUCAUAUCUAAUAUGUUAUUCAUGCUUUCCCUGAUUCUUGGGGAUCAUCCUUGAAAACAGAUGUCAAUCCUCCAUACGAAGGGGAAGCUUUGUAAAAGCAGAUGCUAAGUUUUGGAGAAAUACUUAAUGCUUUAGUGUGUUUUUUUAAA